AUGCUUGAUUUCUCAGCAACACCAACAUCUUGUCAACAUCGCAGCAUCUCAUACUCAUACGUGCACAGGGCCCCCGAGCUCACCGUUCUCCAUACAAGCAUCGCCAUGGCGGGCGUUGGCUGUGCUGGUGGCGCAUCGGCUGCGAGGUCGUUCUUCCAAAUCGCGAACCGUGGUUACUCAACUGCCACCGCAACAUCAUGCGCUCCUCUGGAGUUUCUACUUCCCCAAACUGUUUCGAGAGCCGAUUGCCACGCCGCCUUCCUCCUGCGGUCGUGCAAGACUACCGGCGCCGGCCGCACAGGCCGAGUGCCGUGGCGCAAAACCCCGUUCGGCGGUCCUGCUAGACUGUCGCCGCAAACACGAGCAUUUACGGCGACGGCGUCUCGACGGGCCACAAUGUGUGUGCUCAACCCUCGAACAGACGAAGAUGGGAAAGAAAUGAUGCUGGAAAUCACCCCAAGAGCAGCAAAGGUUUGGCAAUUGCUCUUGGAUCUCCCAAAAGGCGCCUGGGCUAAUCGUUCUGUGCUGUAG